UUCCUGCUGUGCCUGAACAGGCAAGGAGUCAAUAAAUAAUGUGUGUGGAGAGAGCUGCAUGCUUGAUUCAUGCGAAAGAACAUCCAGCUGGGCCAUGCUCUCUCGGUCUGAGUGUAUCUCUUGUCCCUGUGUGCAAGCGCUGUACAAAUCUUAGACCAGUGCUGUCUCUGAGCUAACACGGUGUGGAGCUGGAUGAACACAGCAGCCAAGCAGCAUCUUAGGAGCAGGAAAGCUGACAUUUCGGGCCUGGACCCUCCUUCUGUCUGUGCCCACCUAAUCACUGUUUAGAUUUCGCAGGAGGUGAAACAUCUUUAGCAGUACUACUCGACAUCUGCUGGAACUGCAAACCGUCUUCAUUGACAUUUCUGCUGGCAACAAGAUGGGUCGUUCAAUCCUGCCACAAGAGAUUUUUGUUUGCCCUCCCAGACGUGUGACAGUGAAAGAGAAUCCAGGAACCAAGUAAUAAAUGCUGCCAGGGCUGUCAGGCUUUAGGGAAGUCCAGGUUAGUUUUCAGAUUGCUGCUCGAUGUGGGCAUUACAGCAUGGCACUGGUGCCCAUUAAUGUGCAGGUGCCCAGGGAGAAGCUGGUGUGUGCCAUCUGUUUGGAUGUGUUCAAGAGCCCGGUCACCAUUCCAUGUGGUCACAAUUUUUGCCUGGAAUGCAUUGGGCGUUUCUGGGAUGAGCAGUUCAACAUGAGGGCCUGCAGCUGCCCCCAGUGUAGGGAGAGCUUCAUCCCCAGGCCCACCCUCCACAGGAACACCAUGCUCUGCGACAUCGUAGAUGAAUUUCUCAAGUCGGGGGCUGAGGCUGGCCCGACCCAGGCUCCGGUGGGACCCGGGGAUGUCCCCUGUGAUUUCUGCCGCGGCGCCCAGCUGCGGGCCGCUAAGUCGUGCCUGAUGUGCCUGGCGUCGUACUGCGAGGAUCACCUGAAGCCGCACCGGGAUAACCCGGCCUUCCAGGACCACCCCCUCACCGAGCCGGCUCGCGACAUUAAGGAGCGAAAGUGCAAAGUCCACAGGAAGCACCUGGAGCUGUUCUGCAGGAAUGACAAGGCUUUUAUUUGCUGCGCCUGUAUGACCAAUGAGCACCGCACACACCAGGUGGUUACGCUGGAGGAGGAGGUACAGCACAGAAAGAAAGAGCUCUAUCUCGUGGACCUUGACACAGAGAAACAGCUACAGGGCACACUGCUGGAGAUUGGGACCCUCCAGGAAAGCAUGGACUCAAUCACGAGAACGACACAACAGGUGGAAUUGGAAAUCACCAACAAAUUUUCUGCGAUGACGGAAGCGAUUGAGGAGGCGCUGAAAGUGGUGAUUGGUUUAAUUGGGCGGGAACAGCAAACUGUCCUGAACCAGGGGAACUGCAUCAGGACUCAGCUGGAGCAGAGAUGUAGGGAGCUGCGCGAAAAGAAACUGCAGCUGGAGAUUCUAGCCAAUAAGAGCGACAAUUUCAAAUUUGUGCAGGAGUCCCUUUGUUUCAGCUCCUCCUCUCAGGUCUCUGACGUCCCGAAGUUAAAGUCUGACCUCCGUUUCAAACUGGCACGUGCCAGCGAAGCUGCCACAGAACUUUCUGUCCAGGUGAAGGACUGUCUACAUCGAGCUAUGAAACGCAAACUGAAGAGCACAGAGGUCAGAGGCAGUGAGAAAACUGCUCGACCAUCGGAUGUGUCUCCACGAACCUCUCUGCUUCCCCCAGAAGCCAAGAUUCGGAAAGAGCUUAGACAAUAUCAGCCGCCAUUGGAUGGAGUCACUGCUCCUUCACAGAAUGCCUCCCCGGCUGGUUCCUCCGGGAGGCACUGCAGAGUCGUUGAAGCAGAUUUUUGAUCCAACCAGAUGAAGUGAAUGCUCCGACCUGGUCCAAUUGGGCACAGAGAGAAUGUAACUAACCGAAGACUUGGCACAGUCAGGAGCAGCUGCUGUCUUUGGAGAAUUGCUGACCAAUUGUGUAUAUAAAGAGCUGUCACUGCGGCACACUUUACUGCAGGUAUCACCUUCUCUGGACCCUCUGUGCUGACCUGGGACUUAGAUACAACUGUCCGAAGCAGAAAACCCAAAAGUGUGUCUUUUACUUGAGGAGGAAUGGUUUGGGGUGGGAGCUGAGGAUCUUUCCUGGCAUGUGGUCACCAAUCUCGCCCACACCCAGUUUUGUCCUCAUGAAUCAGUUGCAUCUUGUGCCCUUACUGUCCAACUGGCAGACUUAGGCGGAAUCAAAGCUACCUGGGUAGGUAUGGUAACUGGACUGGGCUCUAUGCAAGUGGCACCUUGUCAUUUUUACCGAGUGAUGUGCACUAUGGACAAAAAUCUCUCCACGUUGUGCUCUGCCUCUUUGAUUCAGACAUUUUUCUAAGGACUCAGCAGCUCAAGUAACAAGAGGCAGACUGGAACCUGUUAAAGCUACUCUCAUUUCUCAGCUGUGUUCUUGUGCAUGUAUUCUGAAGGCAUCUAGGUCAACCCACAAUGGCCAUUCUUCCCGUGUGUGUACCUGGACAACACAUGCUGUUCAGCUAUUUCACCAUGGAUGGCGUCGCACCAAACCUGGUAACAGCCAACACAAACAGCCAUUCACUUUUAAUAAAGGUCACUAUGCAACUUUGAGAAACAGGUUCCCAGUCUGAUCAACUUCACACUAAGGAACGAUCCUGUAGCUGUGGUGUAGAGUACAUUAUGAGUGUAGCAUUAGAGCCUGCCCUUGGUCCAUUCAGCCCAUCAAGUCCACACUGACCCUCCAAAGAACAUCCCGCCCAGACCCACAUCCCCACGCUGUUCUUGUUACUCUACAUUUCCCAAGUCUAACACACCUAACCUAAACAGCCCUGGACAUUGUGGCCAAUCCGCGUAACCUGCACAUCUUUGCACUGUGCAAAGAAACCAGAACACCCUGAGGAAACCCACGCAGACAUGGGGAGAAUGUGCAAACUCCACACAGUCACCCGAGGCUGGAAUCGAACCCAGGUCCUGUGAACUGUGAGGCAGCAGUGCUAACCACUGAGCCACCGUGCUGUCCCACCAUUCAAGCUCAUCGUAAACUGAAGACUUUGUUGUGAAUCAUUUGGGUGACCUACAUCUGCCGUAGUUGCUUUCAAGAAGCUUUCAAGGACAGCAAUAGAACACUACAGCACAGUACAGGCUCUCUGGCCCUCGAUGUGGCACUGACCUGUGAAACCAAACUGAAGCCCAUCUAACCUACUCUAUUCCAUUAUCAUCUAUAUGUUUAUCCAAUGACCAUUUAAAUGCUCUUAAACUUGGCAAGCCUACCACUAUUGCAGGCUUACUACUGUCUGAGCAAAGAACCUACCUCUGACAACUGCCCUAUGUCUAUCACCCCUCAAUUUAAAGCUGUGCCCCCUCGUGCUAGCCAUCACUGUCCGAGGAAAAAGGCUCUCACUGUCCACCCUAUCUAAUCCUCUGAUCACCUUCUAUGUCUCUGUUAGACCACCCUAGCUAUGGUUGAGUAAUAAAUCCUGGCCUUGCAGGUGACACACACAUCCAGCAGUGAUAUGAAGUCUGCGGACGCCCAUGUCAGUGCUCUCCUUAAAACAAGAGCAAAAUCCUGCAGAUGCUGAAAAUCUGAAGCAAAUACAGAAUGCUGGAGAAACUGUACCGCAUCUGUCGAGAGAGAACCUGGUGUGACUUUUUUUACAACUUCUGAAACUCUCGACUUUCUCCUGCAUUCUCUGUGUUUGUCCCAGUGUUGUCCUUGAUUUGUGACAGUGCCCACAUGCAGUUUAUUCUUCUGGUUGUUUUAUUUGAGGAGCCUACACUAUUAAUCAAAAGGGGUGCUUGUGAGGGAGCCCAUACGCACAUUGGGUGGAAUUUAAUGCCUUCCCUCGAGGCAAGGUUGGAGGUGGAGGCCAUUUGAUUGGGCUGGAGGGUGGAGAUUGGGAUCACACUGUCAGGAUGGCUUUCCCACCCCGAUACCAUUGGAGGCCCUUUAAGUGAUCUCUAAUGAUCACUUACAGGCCUUGUCCCUGUGUCACUGGUAUUCAACCAUGAUGUGUGUUUGCUUGCUGGCUUCCAGGGGAGAUGGCUCAUUGGCAUGUGUGCAGGGACCAGCAAUCGGGAGGGUGGUUCCCAUUGAGAGCUAUGCCUCCCUCUUGACCCCAGCCUCACUCAACUAAGGCUUGUGCCCCUCAUUGAUUCCGGGCCUCUGGUAGGUUCAUUGUCUGCACCAUCAUUCCUGGUCGUACUGCCUUCAGUGGGGAGCUGUUGGACCCUUACUUGCUGGCAGUAUUCAGAGAGGCAGGUGAAACUUCUGCCCUCCCCACCUCAGCUUGAUCUAUUGAUGGCCACUUAAAUGGCAGAUCGUCUCUUAUUGGAGUUUGCCUUCUCAAUAGGAGAUGUUAUGGAGCAUUCACCAUCUGCUCAGCCUACAGUUGCGACCACCAUCACCUGCGUUAUAAAAUACGCUCACUAUGUGCAACUGUAACAUUGUCUAAUGUCAAUCCAUCGCAGGGAUCAUUGUGCUAAUUUUCCAUGUCAUUCUGAUGUCAGUUAUCAGAAGAGACUGAGCACCCUUCCUGGGAAUAUCCCAUUGACCGAAGUCAGCAAGAGGGCAUGGGUGGGCAGAGGGGAACAGCGUCGACGGUUCCCAGCUCAGAGUCCUGAUGGACGCAGCCUAAAAACAGGACCCACACCUUUCACAAGUUUUCCCUAGUCCUGUCAAUUACUGGAAAGGUAAUUUCUGCAGUCGCAGAGCCUCGAAUGCUAAUUUUGAAAUCUUUAUUGUCUUCUCUUCCUGUUGUUCUAUUGCAUAUAUCGCAUAUUUUACCAUUUGCUACAGCUCUAAGAAUUGCUACUCGAGGCUGCAACAGUUCCUGUUGUAUUAAACAGUCUGAACAUAUUAAUUAAACCUCUCUUCCUACAUUCCAAUUAUAUAGGAGCUGUGUUAUAAUGGAUGUUUACAUCAAACAAGUUGCUGUUACAUUCCUGUACAA